AAAGCGGCAGGAGGCUGUAUCUUCACGGGUUGCAACUUAGUGAUCACGUAUGACUGUAAUUUGCAAAAGUGCACGGCGGAGUUCUUCUGUGUGCUUCCGUUAUCUGAAUUAUGUGAAGUCAUCAAUAUUUUUUUAUUCUUUUCCACGAGAUUAGACGCAACUCCUUGCUAUCUCUCUCUCUCUCUCCUCUCUCUCUCUCUCUCUCUCUCUUUGCAGUUCACCCCCAAAAACACAACUGAGCUGUCAUCACGUCGCUGUGAGGUUUAUCUGUGGGGUUGCAUGAAUGGAGAGCAGAGUGAGCUGGUGACCUUGUUGACAUAGAGACACUCUCACUUCAGGACCAUGAGCAUGGCACUGGUCUGGCUCCAGUCUCACCUGCCCUGUGCUAACCCAACCGGUAUCACGAGUAUCAGCCAUCAGCACACUUCCAGCCAAGCUUGCUGAACAGGACUGCGCGAAGAGUCAUGCUGUCUGGGACCUGGCGGCGUUCUGUGGGGCACCAGCAGUCUGCUGCAGCGCCUGUGGUGGCUUCCAGGGGGGUGACAGUUUGCGGGGUCCCCAGCGGCACGGUGGUCCUCGAGGCCCAGUAUGACUACAGCUACCGCGGUGCUGAUGGACGGCAGGUCUGCAUUAGUGAGGGCGAACGGUUUGUUCUCCUGAAAAAGACCAACACUGAUUGGUGGCAGGUGCGGAGGAUUGGGGCAGCCAGUAAAACAAAGCCAUUGUAUGUCCCUGCCACAUAUGUGACAGAGGUGCCCAUUGCACCGAUGCCCUCGCCACAGCGCCUUGUCAUGUCUGCCUCGCUGAACUCCAACCUCAGGAUACUGCCAAGGGUGUCACUCUCUCCCAGCCCAUCAGCGACUACCUAUAAUGAACAGCAUCAAGUGAACAAACCCAUCUAUCGCUCCAUGGAAAACCUCAACUCCAACAGUGCCUUCCAGGGGCUGGACAACAACACCUGCAUGGGUGGAGGCCGCUUCCCCACCCUGCCCCUCUCUGGAUUCACCUUUACCCCCAACUCUCCCACCUCCCCAUCAGGCCACCUCAUGGUCCCUGGGUCCCCCGCAUAUUCUGCGGGACAAACAGCACCACGGAACACCAGGUCGGUCCCCAUGAUCACACGGAGCCAAAGCUCCAGCAACUUGCCUGAAAAUCUGGUUGAGAACCUGUACGACGAGGUGGGCGGUGGCUUCAGCAGUCGCGUCAACCACAGGAUGCCCAAGAAGUCUUGCAGCCAGUGGGAUAUGGGGGGAGCUUCUGGCAAAAACAACCAUCUGAAGUCCCUCUCUCGCUCUCGCUCUCGCUCUCUCUCUCUCGCUCUCUCUGAGGAGCCUCCUUCAUUCAAGCCUUUAAUACCAGUCCCAACAGAGUCCUAUAUGUCCCAGUUGUCUUGGCAGGACUCCCCUCUUUAUACUGAAACGCAGACAGAGAAACGUCUGUCACAGCUGGAGCCACCUAGUCCUGCCCCAGGUCAGCAGCCUCUUCAGAUCCUGGACCUGUGGGAGCAUUACUUGGACCCGUCCACAGGGAGAAGCUACUAUGUCAACAGCUUCACCAAGGAGAGGUCCUGGAAACCCCCUCGCCGGUCCCGUGGACGCACCACCAACAAGGGCAGUGCAAUACAACCUCAGACGUUACCCAGAGAAACCAACCAUCUGUCAUUACCACUUCCUGAAGCUGGUAAUGGAACAAUGCACCGGCUGUCACCUGAUUUUCUCUUGGGGGGCCAUGAGAGGAAUACUGAUGGUGGUUGGCAGAUGAAACAGAGCAUGCAGCGUGCCGCCUCCUCUGACACUCUGAGCACGAUGGCGUUCAACAAUGCCGAAGCCCAGUUCCAUAACUCUGGCCCCCUGCAUGAUGUCAAGCAGCAGCUCAGCCACUCCCAAUCUAUGACCCUGCCUGAGAACGGCAAGCUGGUCCAGCAGUGCAAAGAUUACUCCUGUAAUGUGACCAACAUUGUUGUGGAGCCUCCGUCUCCCCAGAGCUCUCCAGACAGCGAUGGCUGCACACCGGAGUUGGAGAAAGCCGGCCUCUUGAACAAGACAAAAAUUGCAGAAGGAGGCCGGAAACUGAGGAAAAAUUGGAGCCCUUCCUGGGUUGUGCUGGUCGGGAACAGUUUGGUUUUCUUCAAAGAUCCUAAAUCACAGACGCCUUCUAGCUGGAAACCAGGAAACAGUCGCCCUGAGAGCAGUGUGGAUUUAAGAGGAGCACAGCUUCACUGGGCCAAUGAACUGUCCAGCAAGAAGAACGUAUUCAAGCUGAGGACGGUGACAGGAAACGAGUUCCUGCUGCAGUCGGAGACAGACUCUCUGAUCAAAGAGUGGUACACCACCAUCCAGAAUGUUAUCGACAGACUGGACCGCGAGAACCCGUUAGACAAUGUCCUUCUGUAUUCUCUGAGGCGAGCUGGCAGUGUGGAGAUGCUGGACCACAGUGGAGACGAGGAUGAGAGGAGAACGUCGCUCCCUCGCUCGUCGUCCAACCUGGAGAACACAGAGAGGAAGAGAGUGAAGACCCGACUGAAGAAGCUGAUCCUAAAGAGACCUCCUUUGCAGGCUCUGCAGGAAAAAGGGCUCAUUAAAGAUCAGGUGUUUGGCUGUCGUCUGGAGAUGCUCUGUGAGCGAGAGAAGAGCACCGUCCCUCGCUUCGUCAGACUUUGUACUGAAGCUGUGGAGAAGAGAGGACUGGACACUGACGGCAUCUACAGAGUGUCAGGGAACCUGGCAGUCAUUCAGAAACUACGCUUCCUGGUGAACCAUGAGCGAGCGGUGACCACUGACGGCCGUUACAUGUUCCCAGCGGAGUUGGUACAAGAGGAGAAGCUGAAUUUGGACGAGAGUGAUUGGGAGGACAUUCAUGUCAUCACAGGAGCUUUGAAACUUUUCUUUCGCGAGCUUCCUGAGCCCCUGGUGCCCUUCGGCUUCUUCACUGACAUCGUGGAGACAGUCAAGAUGUCCGACUACAUGGACAAAGUGGAUCGUUUGAAGUGUCUGGUGCUCAACAUGCCUCCUCCGAACCAUGACACACUGCAGUUCAUGUGUCGCCAUCUCAGACGAGUGUUGGAGUAUUCAGACACCAACCGAAUGACCACCCAGAACAUAGGCAUUGUGUUCGGGCCGACCCUGAUGCGCCCGGAGCGGGACAAUGGCAACAUGGCGGUGAAUAUGGUUUACCAGAACCAAGCGGUGGAGCUCAUCCUCAGCGAAUUUGACCACAUCUUUGGAACAAGAGGCCCUUCUUGAUCUUUUCGGACAGAAGGGGUUCAAAAAGCUCCUCCAGAUCAGAUGAAAGAACAAGUAGUGCAGCGUUUGUCCUCCUCGCCUGUUGACUCAUGUGGUGUAAAAUGGAUUUCACAUCAAAAGAUAAUUAUGGGAUAGAAAGAACCAGGACAGAAAGCUGCUAAUCAUGACAUCUGGCCUCCAUAUAAAGCCAUGUUAAAACAAUAAUAGUAAAACAAACCAAUUUUAGCUGCAAUACUUGUGUCUUUGACUGCAGAUGUGGAGCUCAGACCCGGUGUUCUUUACGGCUGGAACAGGCGCCUCCUUGUCACUUUUCCAUGAUGUUUCAGACUUUAUCAGGAUAAAUAAAAGCCAUAAAAGUGAUAAAUCUCCUCCAGCCGGUCCAGCUAGCUGAGUAUUAAUCAGUGAUUUAUCAAGGAAGGAUGUGUCUUAACGUAGCACUGAAGGAAAACUUAGCAGAACCAUCUCACUGUGAAAACAUGCACCAGCACCUCUUGCAGCAGGGAUGGACAGACCCCCACCUGCAGCGCUUAGCAUGGAUAUACUGUAAAAUAUGCAAACAAACAGGAAGCAAGCUGGGCGUGUAAGUGUGCCCACAUCUCCGCUGAAGUUAUACAGUGUUUAGAUGAAGAGUUUUUAGGUUUAUUUCAUACAUACAUACAGAGGGAACUCUUCAUAGAUAAAAGCAUAAUUUCAGUGAUGGGAUGAAUGUGCCAAGAGGGCAGCAAAUGUUCCUUUGUACCAAAUAGUAGGUAGUAGUUUGUGGACCUUCAUAGCUUCCCUCAUUGUACAAAUUUGUCUUCUCUUUUCGAUUAGCGCAAACUCCUCCGAUGAAGUUAAAAAUAUUAAAUUGUAUAUAUGUUAAAUACUGUCUUUGUCAACUAGUAGCACUUUGUAUACAAUGUGUGACCUAAACAUUAAAUAUUAGCCAAAUUCAAACUGAUACAUUUGCUUUGAAAUUAACGGUGUGAUGUUAAAAUAUUGCCUGGAUCUGGUGGUUAACUCUCUUGCAAUAAAAAAAAAAAAAAAAAAGAACAAACUGAUUUGAUCUAUUUUGUGAUAUUUGGUCAGGAUGUGUCUAUCAGGUUUUACCGAGUGGUGGGUUGCGUGAGAGAUAGUAGAAGUGUGUGGAGGUAUGUGAGCCUCAGAGACACAACGGGCGGAGGGAUCCCCUGUGAUUGGUGCAAAUGCUGCUUUUAAUAACAGAACAAAAGAGGAACUGGAAAUGCAUAUGUUUAAAAAAUGUGGAUUUUCCCCAAAAGCCUCUCACUCUCUCACUCUGUGGCUUUGGUAAUUUUAUAUUGACUGUGGGUUUGGCAAAAGACAAAAAAGAGCAGAAAAGAGGCAUAGGGGUGUGUAUGUGUGGGGGGGGGGCUCAUAGCUCAUAGAUUUUGCAAAGUUUUAUUAGACGUAUUUAUUCAUUUUAAUGUUCGUAUUAUUUCAAGUCCUGUGAGUGCAUGGAGAGGGACUAAAAUUAUUUCCAGCUGAUUGAUGGAGAGUCAGCUGAACUUUUGAUCAUUGUGUGCAUUUUCAAGGUCGUCCUUAUAUUUGAUUGACACAGAAAUAUUUUUCUAUUUAAAUAGACAACCGCAUCUGUUAAUUUGAUCCAAAUGAAUCUAUGCACAUAGUCAUCACAGUUUAUAUAUUUAUCCCUCAGUCAGUUUUGAAGUUUCUUUCUGGUCUUUUGACAGCUGUGUGUCCCAGAGCCUCCUCACAUUAGAUUGAAUGUUUCCAUGUAUUAAAUUAUGGAAAGAAAAUAUAACACCCUGAAAACAUUAAUUUAUUCAAUAUUUCAUAAAGUAUUUUUACUGUAUGUUUUGUUCUUUUUCCAAAUUCAGAAAUUGAAGGGACUUUUUCUGUCAAUAAAAACCCUGUGGCAUUAAA